GGUAUUUUGGACCGUUCGGAACGUCUGAUUCUUCAAUCUAUUUCCGCAUUUUUAGCAUUUUAGCACUAAGCUACCUGCUCCCUGGAAACAAGUGGACUUCUUUUCCUUCUUCUGGUCGACUUUUGCCUUCAAGGCGUUUCUUCGAAAAAGGAGAAAGGCUGCCGCAGUUUUGUGGACACAAAGUGUAAGCCGUUGAUAAAAGAAAGUUUAAUGUUUUAACUCGUUUGCAAGUGAAAGUGCUGUUAGCUAACGUAAGUUCCUGUUUGAGGGGCGGCUAACCAGCUAGCUCUGACAUUUCAGCACAGACACGAGGUUUUUAUCUGUAAUUAUUUAAUUUAAUCUGAGCAUAUCUGGUGUUAUGGGGACUGUAGUUUAAGACAGAUACCUGUGUGUGGUUGAAGUGUCUGUUUUAAUUGAGUAGGUGUUCAUAAUUUCAUGGUCAGGUGGGUGUAUAUCACAUAAAGAUUACUUCAAUGGUUGUAAAAGUAUAUCUGAAAAUGUCACAGUAAGGUGUUUUCAGCUUCUGUUUGAGUCAGAUUGAAUGAGUUAGCAGUAUGAUUUGAUUUACUAAUAAAACUUUGAGUUCACAAAUCGGGAGUAACUAGUUAGUUUUUACUUUAAAUAGAAUCAUAAAAUGUCAAAAUGUAAAUACUUUACAUUUGGAAAUAGAUAUUAGAGGGACAGAGCUCUACCCAGGACAAAGUAGGACCUUUUACCAAGUGAUUCAGUCUAUAUUUAUCUCAGGAAAGUGUUAUUCUCUUUCUGUUUUAAUGCAGUUUUCUCUACAUUCAGUAAAGCUGUCAGAAAUUACUGUAUUUCACUGUGAGCAACACCCAAGAUGUAAAAGUUAAACCAACAGAAAAAAAGAGUCACUUGUUAAAGGAUAAAUCAUCAACCCAAUGUACAAGUUGUGUAUUUUUGAGAGUCUUUUACAAAUACACUGUUUUAAAGUACUUUACUUUGGGACAUAUUAAGACUUUGAGUCAUAGAGUUGCCAACUCCCUGAAAAAUAAAUAGAAACACCACUGGCAGAGCUGGCCAACCCAAUAACCUGUUGUUCAUUUAUUCCAAUGAUAUUUUACAGAUUAUUUUUGGUUGUCAUGGUAAUACGGGACAAAGUGUGUCCCUCUUCAGCCCAAUACAGGAGGUGUACUUUUGUGUCUAAAUUCAGGAUGAUUCAGUUUUUCAAUGGACGGUUGGUGACCCCAGACAGCACAGCAACAGUAAACUGUAUUUGUUUAUAUAAUGAAAGGACAUCAUCAAGAGGAACCAUAGACUGUAUAUAGAAUGGAUGCCGUCUGCCUCCUUGCUGGGUGAAUCCACCCUGAGAACAACGCCCUCUGUUGAUGGGCUGCAGUAUAGGUCAUAAAUCCCGCCUCCGCCAGCAAAGCUUUAGCUUAUGGAGCUGUGGACAAACUUUAGAAAUUUAUUACACAGAAUAUAAAUUUUUCUCCCCCCUGCUUGCGAUGUUGACAUGUAGUUUUCUGUACAGCUCCAUUUUUAAAAGUUAUUAGGGGUUCAUGUUUUCUAUGAUUGACACCUGGUACAGCCUAUUGGCGUUCAGGGAUUGUGUAGCUCACCCGGGGGAUACGCUGUUUGAGCCGAGCGUCAUCACAGCGACUCUUGCGCUGAAUGCGCACAUCGCUACUGCGCAGCGCUGGUUUCAGGAAAUGAAGAAAAAUCCUGGAAAUACCGAGAGCUUUUUAGCUUCAAAUCCAUAUACAGGCAGGAGGCGGAACCAAGUUGUCCUUAGUAUAUACAGUCUAUGGGUGGAACUCUGUUGUUCCAAAGCAGCUGAAUGAACCAAGUUUGUCAUCUUGUUACAAAUGUCCUAAAACCAAGGACAAGACUUUGUAAAUAGAUUGUGAUUACCCAGGCGUCAACACAAGACCUGGAGCUUCAUCGAUAAUAUGAAGUUGUCGAAAGGUGAACUUUUGUUCUGCUUACCUGACUCGUAAUUAACUGAUAUCCUCAUGUUUGGUUAUUUUCUGUCCUUUAAAUCUUAUAACACAUUCAAGGGAAAUGCUGCAGUGUUUUCUGGGGUUGAGCUUCAGUGGAAUUUACACUUUAUUGACGUUCCCUAGGAACAGGACAGCCUACAGUGUGCAGGCCUCAGUAAAAUGUGGAGUAUCAGUGUAACAUUUGCCACAGUUAUGACACAGGCGUUGGAUGUCAGCAUCAUGCGGCUGAGUCACUUUCAGACUUCGUAUCAGGAGCGCACAGCUGGUGUAGUGUGGUGGUGAUCGUUGAAAAGGCAGCAGCUCUUUCAAUGAAGCAGAGCGGAGACGUCUGCCCUGGAGUGGGCUGUGACCUUAGUAACAGCGUUCCAUAUCCAUAGCACAUUGACUUACCUUAGGGCAUUGUCUAAGUUCUUACGCAUGUGUUUGAAUUAUCUGAUUGUCUCUCAGUGUAGGCUCUGGAUUUUUUUUUUUUUUAACCUUGGAUGAAAUAUAAUCUGUGUUUGAUACCUCCGGUUUUCAUGUGUUCACCUGGUCUCCUCACAGGGUGUCAGGUCUGGUCCAGGGUUGUUGAACGUUUCAUGCACAGAGUAAAAAGGCUGAAAAUUGAAGACAAAACAGAAGACGGCCAGAAAAGGUAGGUUCUCUCCCACAGGAGUCUGAGCCGUGUGUUUUUCUGCUUUAGUUUCAAUAAAACAAAAGGUCUUUUCUGUCACCCAAAUACAUAGACUGUGUAUCAUUAAAUUGAAUAUGCUGUAUAGAAAAACAAUCACUUAAGUUACUUUGUUGUUCUUGCCAUUGAGAUCUUAGGUUUACAGAAUCAGAACCAUGUCAAAUACUAUUAGACUUUUUUGUGUUUUCUAGAUUAAAUUUAUUUAGUAUUUUUGUUUGUUUUAUUUGAUUAACAUGAUUUUAUGUUUUAUAUCCCUUUUUAUUCUCUUGGCCCAUAAUGACAGAUUUUAUUAUGUAUUUUGAAUGUGUCUGUGUAAAGUUCGUCGUAUUUGAUUUUAGAUUCUUCAUUGAAAAAUUUAGUUUUAGUUAUUAUCAUUGCGUUUUAAAUAGCUGUAUUAUGAUGCAGGACUGUAGUACAGCUUUGCUUCGUUUUAGAUGUUUCAGCAUGGACUGCCUCUGUGUCUGUCUUGUAGAUUAUGUGAUCAGAAGACCAAUGCAUAGCUUGGUUUUGUUAUAAGAACAUGUGCUGUGAUAAAGAGUUUUAACUGUCUUCAGUCAAAGACUCACAUAUGCUCCCUGAUAUACAUUGUGAUUAACUGGAGAUCUGAGGCCUGUACUACGAAGCUGGAUUAACACAUCCAGGAUAACUCUGCGACAACUCGCUAAACUUCACCGGAUCUCCGCGAUCCCGAUCAGCUGUACUACGAAGCAGGAUAUCAACUCGAUAACUGAAUCCAGUUCAGAUCUGUGCGCGCACACGUAAAGGGGGUCGGGUCAGUGCCACCGGACCAAUCUCCACAAUGGAGAAGGCUGCACGUCAUUUUUCACAGCUGAAGAACAGAGCUUUAUUUAAACAGUGAGACAGACACAGCCGCUAAAAGCCGGAGGGACUGCCGGCAAAAAAAAUCACCACUUGUGUAAAUUACAUUUGUGCGUUCAUAAAUUUAUGGACCCCUAAUAUAUUGUCAUGCAGCGUGUGUGAUCACCACCAUCACUGACCUCAUUAUUUCAGAUACAACAGCAGUGGGGAAAAGAGUACGUGGGAGCAAAUAAAAAUAAAUCUAAAAACAUCCUUUUAAGUAGUUUGUAAGUUUAUUGGAAGAUUUUAUUUGUACAUAUUUCAACGCGUAAACAGUGAUUUCCUCACACUGCCUUUUUUUUUCUCCAUCAUCUGAUGGUCACGUCAUCUGCACACAUUUGGGGUUAAGAGUUUUCUAAUCUGCUUCAAUGAAUUCUGAAUGAUGACUAACAAAUUUGAACCUGGAGCUUGGCAAAUAUUAGUGUAUUGCUUAGACUUCAUGCUACUUGAAUAUUGAGGCCGUCCGAGGAAAACCUGUAACGUUCAUAGAGAACGUCAUCAGGUAAAUCAAACGGAUUUGAACGAUCAUGAAUAUAACGCUCUCGGCGAAGCGCUCCUCUCACUAUCCCUGCAACGAUGUCCCCGGGAUCCGGCAAAAGUGGGCAAGCCAUUUUCCAAGAGAUCCGAUUGGUCAGUGGGCGGUUUUUUAUACCUGCUGAGAUCUUAUCCUGAAACAUAACCUGCUCCGGAGCAGGUUUGGCGUUCCGCGUAAGUUACCGGGGCAACGGACCCGGAUAAAAAGAGAUCCACCUUCGUAGUACAGAAAACCCAGAAGUUAUCCAGAAGUUAUCUCGCUAAGACCAAAUCCAGCUUCGUAGUACAGGCCUCUGAUCAGUCUGAGUGUCUGUUCACAGCGUCAGGGACACACUGGCAGGGAUGAUGGGGGUGGACGAGCUGUCAGACAGCACAGAGGUGGUGGAGAUGGAGGACGUGAAUCCUACACAGUUCCAGGUGGAGAAACAUACAUGGGAAGGCUUGAGGAAGAUCAUCCACAACAGCCGCAAGAACACAGGCGUGGUCAUCAACAAGGCACCGCAUGACUUCCAGUUCAUACAGAAAGACGAGGACAGUCCACACUCCCACCGCAUCUACUACCUCGGUGAGCUCAGAGACUGUGGACUCAGACCAGUCGUAGAAAAAGGGAUUGUUUAACGGCAGGACCUGAUAUUAUAAAAGUCGUAGCGCUAAAUCGUGUCAUUUAACACAAUAAGUGUCAAAAAUGAAUCAAACUCUGCUCAUAUGUAGCCUUUCUUGGUGGGCGCUGACUUGUGUGCCUGCAGAUUCAAAUGCUUCCUUUCAGUGGCUUUGAGAGGUAGCAUGGCUCUGUGAAUAAUCUGUGGAUACAGCUGGUGAGUCAGAGUUGCCAGCUUGUGACUGUUUUUCAAGCCUGUUUGAUGUCCAAACAGCUGCAGCGGAUGUGUUCAGUGUGUGCUGCAAAAAAAUUGAAACCAUUUUGCUUUUUUUUGCCAUAUCUCUAUUUUUAAUACUGAAGCUGUUGUGCACAGUUUUUCUAGAUGGUUUGAUUUCUUUUCUGCUUCUCAAGCAGCUGUUUUCAUCCAGAUUAUUCCCGGAAAUUAUGGCACCUGGGUUGUUGAGUAUACAAGGAGUUAGAUUUGCAUAAUCAAGGAUUUCACUUCUGUUGCCUCAGUUUUGGUAUGAAUAAUAUUAACCCAUAUUUAUGAAACAUUGAGGUUAUAAUUAUAUAGAUCUCAGUUUUGAUUAGUAUUUCAGUGGCACUUUAAGCUGUACUAGUAACUGCAGAUGUGUUUUUGAGUUCAACCAUGGUACCAGUUGACUUGCAAUGAAGCAUUAUGCUGUUUCAGGAACAAGUUAAAGUGCAAUUCUGUUCUGCUGACAACCUUUAAACUGUCUGCUCAGGUUUAUGGUUUAUAGCAGUCUCAGAUUGUGAACCAUGUGGUAUUUGCCCUGUAAACGGUGGCUGCCAGAGAUUCUGCAAAGAGUUUUAGUGGGCCAAUAUGUUAAAUCAACGCUGCGCCAACUUAGCCAGUAUUAUACGGUACUGAUCCAACAGGAAGCUAUUAAAGUAAAAAUCUUUGAAUUAUUAUUGAGGUCUUACUGUCACCCCAAAGUUUCCACUGAAAGCCACAUUUCGGGGAUCAUGGGGGAAAAAGUGUCAUUGUUUCACUUUCACGUUGACCCCUGUGUUGCACGCCCCGCUGAACUCUCCUGAAAUCUCUGAUAAAUUUUCAGUUAAUCAGAUUUGUUUUUGAUCUAAUAGUUGUUGAUUCUAUCUUUAGUUCAAGCUAUUAAGCAUAAACACUCAACAUUUCUAAAGUAGUUGUUAGGAGGACUGUAUUUCUAUAACAGCUGUCUUUGAUUGCAGAAAUAAAUGGUUUUGGUGUCAAAAUGAAAGAGAGAGCAGUUGUUGGAGGUGGUGACUAUAUUAGCAGAUGACCAGAAAUCAGGUUCCCUAGUAAGAAAUAAACCUGACCUGCUCUGUGCUCUCUGUUCUGACAGGAAUGCCUUACAGCAGCAGGGAAAAUGCUUUACUCUACUCGGACAUUCCCAAGAAGAUCCGCAAAGACGCUCUGUUGGUUCUGUCAUGGAAACCGCUGCUGGAUCACUUUCAGGUGAGGAGGAUUUACUUUCUUCCUCCUUUACUCUCUGACUUUGUAAUGUGAAUACCGUCAUUGACCCCGUUCUGCCAGCAUUGUCACGCCGUGUAUCCUCUUGUCACCUCUGAUCUCAGGCCAGCCCUCACCAUGGGGCCAUCUCACGGGAGGAGGAGCUGCUUCGGGAGAGGAAACGUCUGGGGGUCUCAGGCAUCACUUCCUAUGAUUAUCACCGACCCAGCGGCUUAUUUUUGUUUCAGGCCAACAGCAGUCUGUACUACUGCCGUGAUGGUGGAAACAAAAGCUUAAUUGUGAGUCAAAAGAUGGUUACGUUACAUCUCAAGUCAAUAUAAUCCCCUACUCAUGCUUUACAUCAUACCUCAAAACCACUUCCCCCUCUGUGAGUCCUUUUCAUCUGAAAGUUUUGAUCAAAUCAAAAGAUAUGCACCCACACAGGGUGCUGUUUAGAUAUUGGUUGAUAUUGGUUAUCAGAUCGUUGAACAAUUAGUACAAUAUGUUCCUUUUAUGUGGAGAAGAGAUAUAAACUAGCUUAAAGUCUAAGUGCUAAAUUACAAAAUAAGUCUCAAUAUUUUAUUUAAAGGUGGGGUAGGCAGGAUUCCAUUAAAGAAGCAUCUUUUUUUGUGGUGUAUACACAAAAAAGCUUUUAAUAUCAUUCAAUCAGUCAUCAGUUAUUGAUGACACUUGGUAACAUAACGAUAUUGCUGUUUUGUUAUGUCUGUGUAGUCAACAUUUUAAGUUUUUCGAGCAGCCCGCUCUUUCUGACUGUAAACAAAGCCAUUCUCCGCCUCCCCCAACCUGAUUGGUUGUGAGGCAGACGCUGCUCCCUCGUGUUGUGAGGCACGCUCCACCUCCUCGAAUAACGUUCACGAGCCCAAACAAAGUUAGCGUGCUACAAUAUCGGACAGUAGAAACCAACCAGAAAGUACAGAAAAUUGUCCGAAUCCUCCUUUGACCACGACUGCCAACACAAGCAAGAAAACAAAGUAAAAACCAGAGACUCUGGGGGAAUAACGCACGCUUAAAAAGGAGAAUUUUAUUGAAACGAUACGAGCAAACAGGAGCGUCUGUUGGUGGGUGGAGCUUCCUGGAGCAGAGACGGAGGGGAGAGGAGGAGCUGAGGGGAAAACUGGUUAGGAGUGGUAGUGUUUACAUUUAAGAUUUCUCCCAAAAACUAGCACUUCCUCAGAUCAUGCCUACCCCACCUUUAAGUGCUGAAAUGGUGUAAUGGUACUUAUUGAAUAUGUAGAUUUUAUUGAAAAGUUUUGCACCUUCUUUUGUAGACCAUUUCACACCAAUCACUGGAGGAUGUGAUGGUUUUCAUCAAACAGUUACAGUUGCUGAUCUGUGGGAGGCAGGUAAACAUCAGUAAAAAAACCUAAUGGCCAUCACAACCUGAUGAUGAUAAUCAUUGUCAAAAGCUUUAGUAGCUCAAGUAAUAAUAAUAAUAAUAUCAGUAGUAAAUAGUGAAAUCGUCCUUAAGUCUCGGAGUAUUGGUGAUCGAAGAAAAAGAAAUGAUUUUAUGAUUGAAAGUUAGAAUAACAAAAUUAUUUUGAGUAGACUGAGUAAGGAACUUCAAACAAAUCAAGAGUUUUCUCAGACUUUUGAAGCUAAUAAAGAUUAACAUCAUUAAUGUUUCUGAAAAUCAAAAACAUUAGUGAUUCAAAGAAUUGCAUCUCUUUCCCUUCCCAGCCUAAUAACCCAUUCCAGACUGACCCUCCCUGCCUCCAUGUUUGAAUCAUUUAAUGCUGCUCUGAGGACAGAUUGAAUUCUGUUCACCUAGACUCCACACAAAGGCGACCUGAUGAUCCCUCUAAGACUACAGUUCAUCACAUGUUCUUUAAACUUCAUGGUCACUCACAAGAGAUGCAUUUGAAGGCGUGACCAGCUGUUUUUCUAACUGUCUGAUGUAUUUAGAUCAGUGAGGGGCCAGUUACCUGGUCUGAUCAGCCCCUGAUUCCUGUGGUUCUAACCUCUGAUGUUCCUCUUUUCCUCUUGUGCACAGACGUCUCCUAUGGAGCCUAUUGAGAUCAAAAGCCAAAGUUCAGGCACACGCAUGGACCCCAAGAUCUGCCCCGCAGACCCAAAUAUCAUCGGCUUCAUCAACAACAAUGACAUCUGGGUGACCAGCAUUGAGACCGGUGAAGAGCGGAGGAUUACCUUCUGCCAGAAAGGUCAGGACUCAGAUGGUCAGAUGUUCUCAUCUAGAGCUUUGGUUUUAGGGCUCCUCAGAGGAACUUUGGGUUUGGGUCAUCUUUAGCGCCCCCUGUGGACAUACUCUUACUACUCUUCACAGGAGUAUUAAUGCCGUGUUUUUGUUCUGUUUCCAUGGUAGGGUUGAAUAACCCCAAAGAUGACCCAAAAUCUGCGGGUAUAGCCACUUUUGUCACGCAAGAAGAGUUUGACCGCUUCACCGGAUACUGGUGGUCACCUGCUGCUCGAGAAGGUGAGUCAUAGAGACACAAAGAAAAACAAUCAGAUGAAGUCGACAUACGUAACUUUUCCACACACACAGACUGAAGUAAACACAUACAUGAACUGAAUCCUGUGGGCAAUAAUGCAGAGAUGUCAGAUGGAGAAGACUUGCACAUAGGUGAGUGUCCUGAGCCGUUGGAAGUUUGGUGCCCUGCUCAAAGGAAGUGUCUAGGAAGUGAACUGGCACCACAUUCAGCUACCGGACCAAUUAUAAAGUUGGUCUGUAUGAGGACUUGAAUCAGAGCCAACCCCCACCCUCACACACACGCACCCUACAGACUGACCUACUGCUGCCCCAAGUAAUCGUAGAAAAUUACAAGUGAUUAUUCACAGUCAUAAAUGAAAAAGUAUUGGUAUUAGACUCUUAAAAUAAAACUUUAUCUGCUUUCUUGUAGUAAAACAAGGAUGAUGAUGUCAGUAAUGGAUCAAUACGAUCAAGAAUCGGAUGUUUACCAUGUACAGUUCAGCUGUUAGUCAAAACUGUCUCUGACUGGUUUUACUGGUUUGACUCUCUGGUGCAGAAUCAGAUGGUGGAAAAACUCUGCAGAUUCUGUAUGAAGAAGUAGACGAGUCUGAAGUGGAGAUCAUUCAUGUUCCAUCUCCAGCUCUGGAGGAGCGCAAGACCGACGUCUACAGAUACCCCCGCGCAGGUACACAAAUGAGCUCUUUUUGAACAUGUGAAAUAUUUGACGUGUUUGUUGCUGCGCUUGUAUAUGAGUUAUUUUUUAAGGUGCUGCACAUCAUCUGAACAUUUCCCACAGUUUAUUCAGAUGCCUGAUGAUAGGAAACUUUGGUUGCAUUGUAAAAAAUAUGCCUAAAAAUGAAGAAAGAUACAGAUUUAGUACUUUACAUGUCAAAGAGUGGCCAGGAAAAGAAUGACAUGAUUGUAUGUGGUGAAUAAAAACCUAUAAUAUGAGAGAUAAGGAUGAGUUUAGCUCAUGUGAUAUUAUAAGACAGAAACUGAUCUGAGGAUUUUUGCCAACUUUUAUGCAAGAGUAGGAUUUUUUUGUUCUCUUUCAAACUAACAAUUUCACACCAGCGUCUCAAAUAAUCCCUGCUUUGUGCUGAGAAUCGCUCCGCUGUGCUAAAAUACAAGGCUUGCUCAACUCCCUUUACACACAAGCUGCUGCUCUGAUUUCUGCUCUGCCGUGGAAUUUUUCCUGUAGCAACCAUUUCCUAAAUCCCCUGAACAAUAGAAUUUAGGAGGUAUUGAACCCAUGAAAUGAUCCCAGCGUCAUUGUGUGUGAGUUUGCUUCUCUAUUGACAGUUUUUCCGCAUUUCUGCCCUGAAAGCUGUAGUGUAUUUGCUUCUCUUGUUGCAACAUCAUAGUGAUGACCCUUUGGAGUCCGUGCUGCUGGUUGGGAUGUAAUUUUUUUUUUUUUUACAUGUAUGGGGCCCCAGAGGAACAAGGACUGCAACAAGUUUGGUCUCAGUAGCUUGGGCCAAAUUGAUUUUUGUUCUUGUAAAUACUGUUAUCCCCUCGCUAAUUUAAGACCAGCAGUCGGCGGAGGACUUGAAGAAGUCUGAGGAUGAUCAGUCUGUGUUUCAUGAGUUAAAAUGGGAUUAUAAACAAAUUCUAAAAGCUGCAAAUUUGUCUUUUGUAAGGAAGUCAACCACUGAAGCAAAGUUUCACACGAAUUUAAGGCUGUUUGAGAAGAUUGUAAACUCUUGAUGAUCACAACCUCACUUUAACCAAAUAGAAUUUAUAGUUCGAAAAUAAAAAUUCUCUUAAUGAUCGAUCAUGAACUGCAAAGCAAAAAUAUCUGGGAGGUUGAAUGUGUGUUUAUUUUUUGGUAUGUAACCCGGUUUGUUUGUAUUCAGGCAGCAAGAAUCCUGAUAUAACUCUCAAAAUAGCAGAAAUCAGGACAGACAAUCUCGGCAAAGUGAGUGCCUGUUCAGUGCCCUAAAACGUUUUAGUUUCACCCGAAGCUUCUUUGAAAAUGUUCAAAUGAAAGCUUCGUUUUGUUUUUCUUAGAUCAUCAGCACACAGGAGAAGGAGUUGCCUGUUCCCUUCACGCGCUUGUUCCCUGAUGCUGAAUACAUCACCAGAGCUGGAUGGACCAAAGAUGGACGAUAGUAAGUGUUACCCUCAAAAGAGUAGGAUUUUAUUCUGGACUCUCUCACAUCUUUCACACCUCUUUCUCUGUGUUUAUCAGUGCGUGGGCAGUCUUGAUGGAUCGACGGCAGAAGCACCUCCAGUUGGCCUUGCUUCCUCCAGCACUCUUCAUUCCUGCACAUCAGGAUGAGGCCAGCAGACAGGAGAGUCUGGAGGCUCUAGGAAAGACCGUCCAUCCUUUUAUCAUCUACCAGGAAACCAGCGACAUCUGGAUCAAUGUGAGGCUUCACUUCACAUCUCUUUCAGACCAGCUUGAACGCCAGUUUGUUGUCAUGUCUUAUAGAUUGUGUUUCUGUGAUUGUCCCUCAGGUCCAUGACAUCUUUUAUCCAUUCAUCCAAACCAGUGAUGAUGAGAUCACCUUCAUCAUAGUGAAUGAGUCAAAAACAGGUUUCUGUCACCUGUAUAAGAUCACCUCAGAGUUACAGCAAGGCACCUACGACUGGGCCAAAGGCUACACACACUCUGAAGGUAACAGCAUUGAGACGCAGGAUCAUGUGACACAUUCAGAUUUCCCACGAGUGUGCAAAACUGAUUACUAAGCAUUUGAAUCUCUGAGAAAAAUCAAACUUCUGCUGAUGGACUAAACAGAUUCAUGUCUUUGGUCUCAUUUUGUCGGUUUAGUUUAGAGAUGUUUUGUAGAUUCUCUUCUGACUUAGUCAUUAUUUUCAUUUUGUUUUAUUUUGGUGAAUAAAUCCUUCAAAACUCCUUCAAUCACAUUAAUUGUUCCAGUUUGUUACCUGCUCACUUGUUUUCCUCCUCUCUCACCAGAUGAUUUCAAGUGUUCUGUCAAAGAGGAGGUGACGAUAACGAGCGGGGAGUGGGAGGUUCUGGCUAAUCAUGGAGCAAAGGUGAAGCUUACAUGCAGGUCAAGGGUUAACUGUGCUCAGUGCUGCACUGACACGACCAAAACACACUAACAAUCGUACACAGCAACUCAACAGCACUCAGCAGGAAAUGACUUGUAAGAUGUGAACUUGAUGGUCGCAUACACUCCAGUAGUCGUGGCAGCUGAUUAAUUAUUAACAAUCGAUAAUUAACAAUUAGCAAGAAAAGAAAAUUCUAAAAGAAACCAUCCUGAAUAUUUUUUGCUUACUGUGAGUGUGUCCAAAUAAAAUGUGUCUCAGCUGUUUUGUAAUUUUUUCUCUGUUGUGUUUCUUUUUUUUUUUUUUUGACAGCGGAUAUCCUCUCCUCAGAUUUGGGUGGAUGAAUCAUCGAAGCUGGUUUACUUUCAGGGAACCAAAGACUCUCCUCUCGAACAUCAUCUCUAUGUGAUCAGCUACGACUCGCCAGGUGAAAUGGUCCGACUCACCAAACCAGGCUUCUCACACAGCUGCUCAGUGAGCCAGGUAUCCUAACAGACCAUCCAUACCCGAACAGAAACAACCUCAUUAGUAUUGUCUGAAUAGAAAUCAUCAUUAUUAUCAGAAUAACUAGAACUUGGAACUUUUUAGUGAAAGCUUUUUAAGCCUUUUAUCGUAUGUUUCCGUCUUCUUCGCAGACUUUCGACAUGUUCAUCAGCCAUUACAGCAGUUUGACCGCAUCGCCCUGUGUGCACAUCUACAAGCUGAACGACACAGACGGAAACCCGCUGCACAAAGAGCCAGAGUUCUGGGCGAGCAUGAUGGAGUCCUCUGGUACUGAAAACAAACUGUUCAAGAGUUCAGCAGUCAGUUUGUAGCAGAUGAAAUGUUGUAAAUCAGCCAAGAUGGUUUAUUUUCCACAUCAUUUAGCGAUGACACUGUCCAGUUAUUUAAAUAGUUAAAUGACCUAAAAUCAGGGCGACCAAACAAUUAAUGUUUUCAAUCUAAAUUAAUUACUUUAUUCUGUCAGUAAAUGUCAAUCAAUAGUGUUUUGACCCAGUUAUCCAUUUUCUUAAACUCAUCUAGAGUUGGAUCAGUUGAGCAAGUUUCCCCAAACAUCACUUCCUGAGCAACACUUUCUAGCUUAUCCUGGGAAAUUCUAAGACGCCCUCAUACCAGACAAAAACCCCAUUAGUUCAUUCUGGAUCAACUACGGGGUCCCCUUCAUAGUUGGACAUGCCUCCCAAAGGAAGGCGCCUAGGAGGCCCCCCUGAUCAGGACCAUCUCGGCUCACUUCUGUCCAUGUGAAGGAGUAGCAUCUCCACUCCAAAGUCCCCCGGAUCUCUUGACUCCCCCGGAUCUCUUGACUCUCUCUCCAAGUCUUAGACCGGCCACUUUUUGUAGGAACUCAUUUCAGCCGCUCGUAUCCAUAAUCUCAUUCUUUUGGUCAUUACCUACAGCUCAUGGCCGUGAGUAAGAGUUAGGACUCAAAGCUUUGCCUUCAGGCUCAGCUCCCUUUUCACCACAGUGGUCUGGCACAAUGCCCGCAUAACAUACUGAGACCGCAGCCACACAUCUAUCAGUCCUGCUAUCCGUUUUAUCCUUACUCGCGAACAGGACUCUAAAAUGCUUGAACUCUUUUACUCAGGGCCUGGUCUCAGUUGCCAGUAAAAAUAUGAAUUUACAUGUUUUCUGUUGUUACUUUACAUUACAGCAGGUAAUGGAGGUUUUUCUGUUUGUUUGUAGGUUUCCUGUGUGACCGCAUAACCCCAGAGAUCUUCAGCUUCACAGGGAAGUCAGGGUUUGAGCUGUACGGUAUGUUGUACAAACCGCACAACCUGAUGCCGGGCAGGAAGCAUCCCACAGUCGUCUUUGUGUACGGUGGCCCACAGGUUCAGUCUCCUCUAUUAUCCUAAUGUUCUCCUCAAAUUGUUCGAUUGAAUGAUGUGGAUCUAAACGGGUUUGUUGUCUUCCAGGUCCAGUUGGUGAAUAACUCUUACAAAGGACUGAAGUAUCUGCGGCUCAGCACGCUGGCAUCUCUGGGCUACGCUGUGCUGAUCAUCGAUGGGCGGGGCUCCUGUCAGCGGGGCUUAAAGUUUGAAGGAGCAGUGAAGGACAAGAUGGUAGCGAUUUGUGAAAGUUUACAUUUUUGGGCUGUAGUCACUUCUUUCUCCAACAUGCUGUCUUUUUGGCACAUAAACUUAGAUGACAGUAUCAAUCAGUAUCAAUUUCAGGUGAGUUACCUCUGUGUUUUCUUCUGCUCAGGGUCUGGUGGAGAUUGAAGACCAGGUGGAGGGUUUGCACUAUGUAGCUGACAAGUACAAGUUUGUGGACCUAAGUCGAGUUGCCAUUCACGGUUGGUCGUACGGAGGCUUCUUGUCCCUGAUGGGCCUCAUCCACAAACCUGAUAUCUUCAAGGUGAGUCGGUUAUCACUUUGAAGCUUAAAACCCAGCACUCUGAACUCAUCUUGUUUUUCGUCAGCUGAAGAAAUCUAAAAUUCUUUGUUCGACUCUUCGAUUAAAUUUUUUUCAGGUAUCGAUUGCAGGAGCGCCCGUGACAUUGUGGAUGGCCUACGACACCGGCUACACAGAGCGGUAUUUGGACAUGCCUGAACAGAACCAGAGGGGUUACAGGGCUUGUUCUGUCGCCCUGCAUGUGGACAAACUCCCCAAUGAGUGAGAGCUGUCUCUUGCACACUUUCAUACCUAUUUUCAGGCAGUAUUUUGCUGUUUCUUCCGUCUGCUAACCUCUUGAAUAAAACAUGGCUGGUUCCCGUGCUGAAGACAGAACACUGAUUUGUACAGUCUGAAUCUGACUCUGCUUUCCUCUAAGCUGUUCUCACAUUCACUCCUACAUACAGUGUUAAUGUAUGCUUGUAUUGAGAGCAUAAAAAAUAACCAAGAGUUGGGUUUUUGUUUGGAUUCCAGGCCGAACAGGCUGCUGAUCCUUCACGGGUUUCUAGAUGAGAACGUGCACUUUUUCCACACAAACUUCUUGGUGUCUCAGCUCAUCCGGGCAGGAAAGCCGUACAGCCUGCAGGUACGUCAUUCACAUAUUAAAGGAAUCCAGGUCUGUCUCUUUGUUGUUAUAUGAGGAGGACAGGAUUCCUGAAAAAUAUUAAAAUUUAAUGGUUUGAAAGCCAAACAAAAUUAUACUUAUCUACUUUAACUGCUUCUUUGGCACAAAAAAAUAUUUUUGGUGGUUAAAUGUACAAAAUUUUUCAUGUAAGUUGUUAUUAUUAUCAUUGUUAUUAUUAUUAUUAUUAUUAUUAUUAUUAUUAUUAUUAUUAUUAUUAUUAUUAUUGUUAUUGUUAUAAUUAUUAUUAUUAUUAUUAUUAUUAUUAUUAUUAUUACUAUUAUUACAUACAUAUUUAUCCAUCUUUUCUCCUUUGUCUUAUGAAGGUUUAUCCCAAUGAGCGGCACAGCAUUCGAUGUCCAGAGUCUGGGGAACAUUAUGAGAUUACGUUGCUGCACUUCCUCCAGGAGAACCUCUGAUAAGCCUUCCUCUGCACACUGAGCCUUUCCUCCUUUUUACUACUUCCUUUUUCUGUCUCCUUGAUUUAUUUAAACAUGCAUCACUUUUACCUGAUUUUCUGAUCUAUUUAAUUCAAGCUAUGCCAAACCUCAUCACACCUAAAGUGCUGGUUUUUAGUCUUUAUGUACCUUAACCAUUUUAGCAUCUACAAACCAUUAAAACAGAAGAGAUAUCUGCUGGAUGUUGUAGGCACUCAAACAAGCAGAGGGCGCUGUUCAGCCAUGCAAUUAUUGCAACAGCCCUCUGAGGCUGCAGUUAUAAAAGGUGGUGUUCGUUGCAUCUCUAAAACAUGUCUGCAAAGCAAAAAGUACUCGAGUAGAGCUGCUAAGCCCAGGAGAUUCCUCUUUUUCCACGCCAUUCAUGCUUUUUUAAUUAAGUUCUUGCCUAAUCUUUCCGGGUCCUGACUGAGAAAGUCGUCAUGUUUCUCUCUGUUACUAAAAAAAAAAAAACACUGGAGUGAAGAGUCAUAGAUAUGAAGCUCAUCAAGAACAAACAAGCGAACUCUCAACACCUCUGUCAUGUAUUCUUGUCGUGCAAUCAUAAAUGACCUUUUAUGUGCUGUGCCACUCUGAAGUGUAUCUAUAAGAAAAAACACAUGCCAUAUUUUUAUUGAAACAUAUUUUUAUGGAUUCUUAUGCAUUCUUAAAGAGAAGAAAUAUGUAGCGACCUGUUGUCUUUCAGUUGCUCGCUUGCUUUAAUUUCCUGUGAAGCUUCUUUUUCUUCUGCUGCUGCUGCUGCUGACUUUUUGCACACAUUACAUGUUUGCCUUGGUGCCAACAAAUGUACCUGUGAAAUGAUGUAUGACACAGCCGUUGGCAGUCUGAGGUGCCUUGUGAGAGUGUAAGAGUGCUUGCUCAUGAAGCUGAUAUCAGGGAAUCUGAGGACCUACAAUGAUAAAAAUGCCUUGUUACCUGUGUGUCUGUCUGAUGAGCUCUCAUCACCUGUUUGAGGUCUGAUGUAUCUCAGAUGUUUAAGAAAUAAACUGAUGUGAACAAUCUCUUUAAAGUCCUGUCCAAACACCAAAA